CUCCCUGGAGAAAGUGAGCAGCGUCGAGUACUAUGACAUCGGGGAUGAUGAUGCCGACGUGACCGAGGAGCGGGUGGAGGACGGCCUCAAAGCGCUCCUCGACGCAGACAGCACGAAGAAGCGCAAGAAAGACAAGGGCAAGAAAGUGAAGGAAGCCGCUUGGCCGACCGUGCCAGCCUUCCCUAAGCUCGUGGACACUGGUGGUGAAGCAGGAGACGGCUCCAAGGUCGACGAAGCUCAGUCGCGGUUCGAACAGGAGUUCAAGGAGGUCCUAGAGCUCCUGGAGGGAGGCGCGCUUGGGAAACUCUUUGACAAGGAUGGUGCAGACGUCGAGGAUGAGGUGCUCGGGCUCGGCCCCCUGUAUUUGAACGUGUACGUGCAAUGCAUCCCGAUGCAGGAGGACAUGGACAUGUGCGUGAAGUGCAUAGGAUGCCUGGAGGUGGUGACCAACGUCAAG